ACGGAGUUCACCGUCCCAGUGGGUUUCGUAGCCAAUUUUAAUUUCUACAGUAGUCGACAUUACAUAAAUCAGGGUAUUUUCAUCGUCGGCAAUAACCAACAAAUACAUACCAUCGUUUCAGAUGAUUGCCUGAAAUAAUCCACAGCCAACCGAUUACCCCUGGUACUUGAAGAGUUCAGUCUGGAACUUUGGAAAAAAUUCUUGACAAAAAAGAACUGAUAACAUCACCAAAAGCGAUUUGAAAAUGAGGGUCGUAGCUUUGAUCAGCGGUGGAAAAGACUCCUGCUUCAAUAUGAUGCAGUGCAUAGCUGCUGGCCACGACAUCGUUGCUUUAGCUAACUUAUAUCCAAUCGAAAAAGAUGAAUUAGAUUCUUUCAUGUUCCAAACGGUUGGUCACCAAGGAGUAGAGUAUCUAGGUGAAGCUAUCGGUUUACCUCUGUACCGUGAACCAACAUUUGGAAAGUCAAAAAUGUUGGAAAAGAAUUAUUCACCUACGGAUGACGACGAGGUUGAAGACUUGUACAGAUUGCUGGUCAAAGUGAAGGAGCGGGAAAAUAUAGAAGCAGUUGCCUCUGGUGCAAUUCUGAGUGACUAUCAACGCAUUCGCGUCGAAAAUGUGUGCAGCCGCUUAGGCCUUGUUUCGUUAUGCUAUUUGUGGCGAAGAAGUCAGGAAGAUUUACUGAAGGAGAUGAUCGAGUGUUCCGUUAAUGCAGUUUUCAUAAAAGUAGCUGCGUUAGGCUUAGAACCCCGGCACUUGGGAAAGUCCAUUGCAGAAAUGCAAUCGCAUCUUGCAAAAAUGAAAGAAAAAUAUGGUGUCAACAUAUGUGGCGAGGGUGGGGAGUACGAGACUUUUACCCUAGACUGUCCAUUGUUUAUCAAAAGCAUUAUAAUAGACGAGUAUGAAAGUGUUGUUCACUCUAACGAUGACAUAGCGCCUGUCGGAUACCUGAAUUUUAAAAAGAUCCAUUUACAAAAUAAGAAUAAUGGUAUAGAGGCAUUAUCAUUGCAAGAGAGGUUACAGUUGGUAUCCAUAAAGUGCCCAUCUGACUACAUUGAUGAAAUAGUCAGACCAGAGUUACAAGAUGGCUGUAAUUUAUCGGAUGACGAAAAUGAAGAAUCUGAAAGUGAUAACAAAUGCUUAAAGACAUCAAACUCUGGUCAAUUCAACCCACCAAGUCCGAUGGAAAUUAUGUACGAUGAUGAAGAUUAUCCAGACGUACCUGUUUCAAAUAGAAAUCAAACUGGCUGGUUCUGGUUUGGAGGAGUUGUUGGAAAAAAUCCUGAUCCAAAACUUGCCACGGAGGAAGCCUUGGACAAAUUAAGCAAUCUAGUCGAAACGGAAAAGCUUAAGAUUUCAGAUAUUGUUGCAGUAACAUUGUAUAUAAAAGAUAUGUCGAACUAUUUAUUAAUAAACGAAGUCUACAUCUCGAGGUUGAGUAACGUCAACCCACCGGUACGCGUGUGCAUUGAGUGCCCAUUAAACGUACCUAUCGUCUUAGAUGCUUUAGCAUAUAAAGAAAUUCCACAAAUAGGAGACAACAAAGUUCACAAAAGGCACACGAUGCAUGUACAGAGUAUAAGUAAUUGGGCACCUGCUAAUAUUGGACCAUACUCCCAAGCUAUUCGAGUCGGAGAUAUUAUUUCUGUUGCUGGUCAAAUACCUUUAGUUCCUGGGAGCAUGACGAUGUUGGAUUUAAAUAUCAAAAGACAAUGUCGGUUAACAUUGAGGCAUAUCAACCGAAUUGUUAAAGCAAUGGAUGCCAAUACACAGCUCAGAGAUAUUGUACAGGGUAUUUGUUUUUCGACACAUCCUAGUUAUAUUCCUGACGCACGCAAAGAAUGGGAAAAACGAACUAAUAAUGCAAUUGUAGAUUACGUUGUUGUACCAAACUUGCCACGAGGUGCUAAAGUCGAAUGGUGUGUUUGGGCACAUCGGGACAAUAACCGUUUCGAAUAUGAAGAAACUGGAAAAUGUGUUGGUGAUUUUAAAGUUGCCAUAAGGCGACGAUGGAAUUAUGAGAAUAACGUAUCUGCUAUUGUAUGUUACCUGUCGACUGGAUCUUCAAAUUCAAUGGGAAACCUGGCGGUAGACACGAAUCUGAGUUUUGCUGAACUUAAUGCAGCCGAACUUACAGAAGCUUUCGAAUAUCUUCUAUGUAAGUUGACAAAAGGUUCACAAACUGUAAAUCCUACUUGUAACUUAAGAAUAUUUUAUAAAGUGGGUAGCUCACCAGGACCAAAUUUUAUUCAAAGCGUUCUGUCAAGUUUUGAAAGCCGAAAUAUAGUUACCACCAUAAUCCCAACGACUCAUCUUCAUAAUUACAGCACUUUUUUAUCAAUUUGCGGUAUCAGGCAUGAAUAAUAGUUUUGUUGCUUAACAACUUGGUCAAUUAUUUAUAUAAAUUUUGAAACGCUUGAUAAUCUACGGAUUAUUACAGAAAGCCAAUGCCCAAACGGAUGUAUUUUUCUUUUUCUUCUUUUUUUUUUUUUUUUUUGAUUCACAAGUAGAAGUUUCUGAAUAGAAAUAGUUUUUCAUUUUUUAUAAUGCUCGAGUACAAAUUUUCUGGAAUUAGUUAGUUACCUGUAACUGUAUAAUACUGUAGCUUAGACUCACCCCAGUCUGAAUGAAAAUCAAAAUUCACCUAAUAUUACGUAGAAUUUAUUCUGAUAAUUUCCAAUUUUUCUUAUGGAAAACUUCUUUUUAAGGUUUACUGUUUUUUUUCUGAAUACAAGUAGAUUUUAGAUUGGAAGAUUUCAUCUUAAGAAUUGUUUUCUGAAUAUCCUUUCAAAGUCAAAUUGGCAUAUAAGUAGGAUGUCAGAUCUUGUUUAGUUGUAUUCAGUCGCAAAGACCUAGACUUAUAUUGAAAAAAUUGCGGUAUUUAUACAUGUAACAGCAGCAUUUUCUAGAUUAUGUUUUUAUGAAUGCAUUUUUGCUCAAACUAUAGAGAUUUGAAAUGAACAAUUUAUAAAUCAAUUCUUAUCAGGAGCAUUGGCUAUCUACUUAAUUUAACAUUUUUACUGUAUAGUUGAUAUUACCGUGAAACGCUAUUUCUCUCAUGAGCCAGUUGAUUGGUGAUGAGCAAAGUUUUCUAAUUAAUUAUUCCUAACGAAGAAAAAACUCUUCCACGCAGAGGGGGCUAAACUAUUGGUUAUUAUGAAUUAUUGUAUGAUACCCUAUCUAAUCUCAUGAAUUUUACUUAAAAUUAGAAUUAAAGGAAAAGAAUGCGUUUGGAUAUUUCUGUUACCCUAUAAUAUAUUCGUUAAUAUUCAAUGAAUAGUGUUUAAUUUCGUUAAUAAUGAUAUAUAUACUACAAUCAUAAGAUACGUUUAAAGUAAUGUCACAAUUAAACUGUCACAUUGAAUGAAAAUAAAAAUGCAUCUUACUUCUCAGUAAAACGGAUGCGAUCUCUGUUAUGUGUUUCCACAUUUUUCCAGAAUACUCUAGAAAUGCAAUAUUCUUGUACAGUUGAAAAAGAAAUAAUGUCAGGAUACAGUUUUUCUCAUUUCAACAAUCCAAAAACCUAUCACAGUUGCUAACUGAAAUGAUUAAAUACAGUAAAAAUAAGGUUGCUUUGAUCAUAAAAUAUUGAUAAAUAUUACUUGAUCUAUUUUCUAUAUAAAAAAAUAACACUAUUCUUAUUAAAAUUAAUCCUAGAUUAUGUUAGCGAUGGAAAGACUGAAUAUUUCACAAUGGGCUCGUGAUGCUCAAAAGUAUCCCACAUCAGAGUCACUUUUUCAACAGAUUAACUCUUAAUUUAAUUAAGAAGCCCUACGUCAAAAAUGCGGAUUUAUUAUAGGGUUUCAGACAAUUGUUUUUCUGGCGUAUUUCGAAGAUUUCAUUUACCUCGAUACUUGCAAGAAAUUGAUCUCAAUUCAAUUUAAUAAUACGUUUUUUUUCCCCUCUGUGUGGUGUUUGCUGAUUGUCGAUCACAAUCUGUAAACUCUUAAAUUAUCUAAAACUCGCCUUAAGUUU